ACCCCAAAUCAAAUCAAAAACAUUUGAUGCUUAUUCAAAUGAAAUAGACAAUCUUGUACAAAGUUAUUUAGAAUUUUUUGAUGAAAGCCAGAAAAAUGCAAAUUAAAGGAUCUGAAAAUUUUUUUAAUCGUGUAACUAAUGCAUUUACAUUACCGAUAUCUACUCGUUGUGCUGAACUAACAGUUUUGUUGGAUAGGGCCAGUCUUAUAGAGCAACAGAGUAUUUUUCCAUUUCUUAUUGAUAAUAUUUUUGGUCCUCAAGCAGGCACAACAGGUUGGGGCCUCAGAACAACCCCUGAUUGUGUAGGAGAAGACUUUAAGCAAUUACGACAUUUUUUAUCUCCUUGUGGGCCCCUUUUCAAAUGCAUAUAUGCUCUCCUCAAAGACACCACCACAAAAUAUGAUUUUCCUAUAUCUUACUUACCUCUCAAAGUAAGGACUAUUUUAGAAAGUGAAUCUAAUCAUCCGUUUUAUUCAGAUCUUAUACAAAUUUCUCCACAAUCCAAACAAAUAUCGCUUAAAUUAAAUCCAUUUGAUUAUUACAUAUUUCAUUUUGCAUACUAUUUGAUAAAUCCUUGGCAUCAGAAGUCACCUGCAAAUGUAAAUUAUUCUUGGAAUACAGUUUAUUAUGUUUUAUGUUGUGAUUAUAUUUUACAUUUUUUACCAACUGAUCCAAAAACACCAAUAUUACCAUUAAUAAAUUACAAUGGUAAGAAUCCAUUUCAAGUUAUGCCACAAAUUCAUAGGCCACACUAUGUUCCUUCCCUUAUCUCCCCAUCUGUUUGGAAAAAAACUGUAGAAGAUUAUGCAUUCCAUCAAAAUCUAGAUAAACACCCAAGGAAUGAAAUUUGGAGAAGUGAAACUGUGUUGACUGUGUUUAUAGACUUGUGGUUGAAUAAUGACCAAAUCAAUCAGCCAAUUCAAAAUUUGAAUGCUUCAUUUAAUAAUCCCCAAGCUAUGCCGAGUCUUCAUUAUAACGAACUUCCAUCUGGAGAAUACAUGAGAAUUUUGAGGGUUUUUAUAAAGCAGAUACAUGCUUUUGCAACAAGUGCCAAAGCAGAUGACACUCACUUGGGGGAAUUGAAGAAAAUAACAAUACCUAUGGUACAAGGAAAAUUUUAUGUGUUUAUUCGUAAUCUAAUCCAUAGGUGGCCUUUGGAUGGAUCAUUCAGACUUGUAUUGGAGUUGUGGUUGACAUAUAUUCAACCGUGGAGAUAUCCUCCUGAUAGCUUGAAUAAACAUCUUAAUCUGAAACAAACAAAUCCGGAUGUUGAAGAUAUUGCUUUUUCCCAAAACAGUCCUGUAGAGAGAGAAUGGCUACCUUUCAUAGUUGAUAAUCUAUUAGCUUACAUAGUCAUUUUUCAACAACUUCUACCGAGAUUUACUCGUGUUGACUUAAUAAGCCCUAAAAUGGCAAUUAUGCUGUAUAGAAUUACAAAGGUAUUCAAUCAACCUAAUCUAGCAGAACUACUCAAAGAAGUGGAGCGUUGUGUUGAAAAUAACAGUUCACCUUCACAUGGGUAUAAUUCACAAUGGUCCAAUGUCUUGCCACCUCUUAUACACACAAGCAUGUGGUCUACAAACACAACAACAACAAACAACACUUAUGAAUGUAACGCUAAACAAUUGUUUACCCCUGAUAGCACCAACUCAAGCAUUUUGUGUAACAGUUAUAUUCAUGGAGAUAAGAAAUGGGCUUGCAUUUUGAGACAGAAAAUCUAUGAACUAGAAGGACCUAACUUCUAUUAUAAACCUCUCUUCACCAAGCCGCCAGCACAAGAGGUUUAUGAUGUAUCUCAUCACAUUUCACAAUCAGUUAUGAUAGCCCAACAAAUUAUAUGCGUCAAACAACAAGAACAUGCAAAGCAGUACGCUGGUAUUUGGGGCUUUUUCAAAUCCAUCUUUGAUACAAGUAAUAUCAACGAUGAAUUCACAUUGGCCGAAAGAAUGAAAGUAUCUUCCUAUCUGGAAUUCUCCCUGCAAAAUCUAGUCGAGAUGUUCGAAAUUGGUGAUUUGAAAGAAAAAGAAGCAGAUAGUAGCAGUUCUAUCCAUAGUUUCAAUGCUUCUGAUGAUCUCAGCUUCUUGACUCCGUCCAAAGUGAAAGAGCGAAGAAAUAGAAUAAAAUAUGAGGGCGAUCCUGACUUACUACCGAUAAUGUCAACAGAAAAUGCAUUUUUGGUUCGUUUACUGUAUCAUUUAGCCCUUAGCAUCAAUAUUCAAUUUGGACAUGUUUUUCAACGUCUUUAUUAUGAGCCCUCAUUUAAGGGAAGACUAGUAAGGCAGUUAUUAUGCCAACCGAUUACAGUUUUCAACUAUGAUAAAUCGAAGGAGGGGUCUCCGAGAGUACCAAAACGGUUGCCUCCUAGAAUCAGCUUCAGACAAGUAGCUAGUUAUAAAUUUAUCUUAUAUUUCUUCUUAGGUGUAGUUUUAUCUAAACUUUUAGGUUUCGGUACUUCGCUCUAUUCUAUAUUUUUAUUGGUCAUAUUUUUAUUAUACAAAUGUAUAAAAUCUAUUCCACGAACUUCGAGACAUCCAACUGAUAACUUUUGUAACAAUAUUAGUUUUAAUAAUUCGUUUUGAUUACAUUUAUUUAUUAUGCAGAAGUAAUAACUAUCAUUGAAAUGUUUUUGUUAAUAUAUUCUCAAUCUUGA